CGAACCCGGGUUGCCAGGUUCGUAGCGCGCUAACCGCUACACUACCGCUCCCCACUCUACAGCAUAUGAUGUCACUCGCAUAAGUUGAAUAUCAUAUGUUAUUGACCUCGGUUUAAGUGAUACAAAAUAUGUUAAACGCAUCCAGUCCUUAACUGACAUGUUGUACAAGGCAGCAUAUUGGAUGUUGUGUAAAUAUUUACCUCGAGCGUAACACAAUAUGACCUAGUCGGCAACAUUAGAUCAUUGCCGUGUCUUGACAAAGGAGCGUGGGAUUCUACUAGCAUAAUUAUCAUAUAAUUCGCUGCCCUUUGGCAAUUCACGGCUGGACGGAGGCUUUCUCACAACUGUCGGCCAUUGCGGUUAUUUGACCAUACUUCACCAAAAGGUCGGUGGGAGGGAAGGCAAGGCAGGAUGCUUCAGAGAUGACUCGCCACUGACGGUAGUCAUGGCUGGGAAUCAAACUCUUGUUUGUUGAAAUCAUCGAGCAGUGCACGGGCUAUUAUGUCACUGCUCCACCCAUCUGCUUGGCAUGCUACAAUGCAAAUUGGUGCUUUACGUCUUUGUGCUCAUUUUUCGACGUAAUGAUUUCCCCUGCAUUGAGACACUUUAGGGAACUCACACAGUUAUGGACAGUGAGUCAGAUGUCACGCAUGAGUCUUUAACAGUGCUAUUUUUGUCUAUGUAAUAUGCGCUCGGGAGUGACCGACCUUUAUAAAUAUGUACAGUACUUAACUCGGUGCAGUUGCUCACAGGACGUGGGUAUUGAGCAUCGUAAUAACUGCGGGAUUGUUUAAACAUUUUAAUGGGCCCGAAUCCACAAACAAAUACGAUGAUCCUGACGGUGCUGCUGAGCGAGGGAGACCAGCAGGGUAUAGAGGUGCCGGUCACGCCAGAGACCUGCUGCAGGGAUGUCGUGGACUUCUGCAAGGAGCCCGGAGAACUGCACUGCCACCUAGCACAGCUGUGGCGAGGAGAUGAGCGUUCCCUGCCAGCGCAGGAUAUGAUUUAUGAUAUCCUGCAGCAGUGGGGGGCCCGCCGAGACGAGGUUAAAUUCUACUUGCGGCACGAUGACCCACCCACCGUCGACAGAGACCCAGGUGGACACGGAGGCCGGGACACGCUGCUGAGACGUGGCAUUGGUGGUGGCCCUCCUGACAAUCGGGAGCAGCGUGUGCAGCACCUGAGGCAGCAGCAGGGGCAGCAGGCAGGCCUCGGUGAAGCGGAGAAGCUGCAACGUCUGCGCGAACGUGUCGAGAGCCAGGAGGCCAAGAUCAGGAAGAUCCGUGCCAUGAGAGGCCAGGUGGACCAGCCCAAGCUGCUCAACAAUAAUCUCUUGUCGGAGCUGACGGUGAUGAACAGCUUCCUGACGGAGAAGCAGCGGGAGCUGUCGGUGGCGGUGACGCGUGUGGAGGAGCUCACGCAGCAGCUGGAGGACUUGCGCAAGGGCAAGUCCAACGGCUUCUGCCACGCGAACCUCGGCAAGCAGCUGGCCUCGGCGGUGCUUGACCUUGACCGUCUCUACCGCGAGCUGCAGACGAGGAACCGUCUACAGCAGGAGCAGAACCAGAGGCAGCAGCACCGGCGCAAUGGUGCAACGGCCGAGAUGGAGCGACGGAUCAACGAGCUUCGGGAGCAGAUGUUGAAGAAGAAGCUGGGCACCGGGGGCACGGAUUCUAUAGCGCCAUCUCCGGAACGGGGCAGAAUCCCCAAUGCCGUGUCCGGCCGCGUGGCGGCAGUAGGGCCCUUCAUUACAAACCUGGGCCCUCCCGAUGGCACCACGGCCUUCAGGACCCCCGGGAGCGAGGCAUACGGCUCCCCCACAACUGCCGCGCGAGAGGCGAGCGAGGGGGCCCGGCUGGGUGGCAGCCAAACCCAGUCCUCUACGCUGAGCCGCGCGACGCUCGGCUCCGCCGACUGGAAGGAGUCGAGUCUCGACGUCCCGCUCGCAAACCAAGGCAGGGCAACGUCUCCCGGCAGCCACGAUGCCAGCACUCUUUCUAUGCUCAGGACAGAAUUCAUUGACAGCUCUCAGCCUCCGUCCAGCAUUAGACAGAGUUGGGCUGGGGUGAGCGGGCAAGGUCAAGUACGGCCCAGGCAGCCAGGACCUCAAGAGUAUCCCUUGCCGAUGGGCGGCACUCUGGACCGGAGACCCAACGGUGGUACGCUGGGGGAUCGUUCGGUAGGCCCCGCCAUGACUGGCAAUGGAACUUGGCCUGGGCAGCCGGCAAAGCAGUUCUCCCAAGACCAGCCCCGCACGUCACGACAGAUCCAGCAGCGGAUCGUGGUACCCCCGAGCGGGCUGGCUCCCCAGACACAGCUGCCACCGCGCCCAGCUUCCCCUGCCCUGUCCACUGGCUCCUCGUCGUCCUCCUCAUCCCUCCAGCAGCCCUAUCACCCCCCAAUGCAGCCGCCAUCGAGCGCGCUCUUCACCCAGUCAAAGUCAGGAGUGAGCAGCCCUUACCUGCAGCAGCAGGGUGUCGGCAGCAGUACCCCGUACACGCAGUCGCAAGUGUACCCGCCAUCCCUCGUCAGUGGUGGCAGCGGCCCGAGACCUCAAUACCAGUUGGGGUCCGGAAGUCCUCUGUCGCAGCAGCAGGUAUCCAGUAGCUGCGGCAGCACAAUCGGCAGCGGUGGUGGCGGCGGCAGCGGCGGCUACCCUCAAGCGGGUGAAGCGAGGUCGUACCUGCAGCCCGGACCGCAGGGGAUCACCUCCGGCAGCCCGAGACCUUCGUUGCAGUCCGGGGGCAGCGGCAGCAGCGGCCCUUACCUGGAGGCGCGGGCGGACGUCGCCCCGCCGGGCGUCCUAGUGGCCGCCACUCGGCCCUCGCCCAGCCCGACCGACAGCCUGCAGAGGUCGCAGUCUCCGCGCAAGCAGGCGCCACCGCCCACGCUCGACUCCAGCUCCAUUUACUCGAUGUACACGCAGCACGCAGGCCCCUCCCGUCAGCUGCAGCACGCCAUGCUGUCCGCGCUUGGCAAGAAUCAGGGCCGGCAGCUGCCAGGGGCGGCCGCGGCAGGGUAUGGGAAGCCAGCCUCGGCGGCUGGCAGCAUCCAAAAGCCGCCGGUGAAACCUUUACCAGCGUACGACCCCGCACGGCCCCCUUACAGUCCACCACUGCCUUACGGACUGCCGAUUCCACGGACUCUGCAAGAGGACAGGGAGUUGGAAAUGGAAGGAUUAACUUCAAGCAUAGGCCCAGCCUCGGGCACAGACGCCGACCCUCCCCGGCCACUGAGCCCCACCAAGCUGAUGCCAAUCAGCAUGUCCCCGCUCCGCGGCCAGAACGACCCCGACCUGGAGGCGCUGCGGCGCAAGCUCCAGCAUGCCCCACGGCCCCUCAAGAAGCGCGGCUCCAUCGCCGAGCCAGAGACAUCCGGCACGGGGUUCGGGGGCAGCCUGGGAGGGUUGGGUGGCGGCGGCGGAGGCGGCGGCGGCGGCGGAGGAGGAGGCGGUGGAGGGGUCGCCGCCUCUUUGUUGCACCAUCAGACCAGCCCGGGACACCUUCUGCAGAAGUUGCAGUACCAGCGCUUGACGCUGUCCGUGCUGGAGGAGGGUGCGGCACGCGACUUCGGGCAGAUCGCACCGCCUCUGCCCACGUAUGCGCCGUAUGACUACGGGCAGCAGAAUUCGAGCACGGCUUUUUUGAGCCUGGACUCGGACGGCAGUGAGUACAUACCUGGUGAGCUCGACCCAGCGCCUCAGCAACCACCUCCUCCUGCCUCCAUCCCCCUCGCACCAUCGGGAACGCCACCGGGGGACCUCAAUGAUAACGCUCUCCCCAACAGCCCUGGCAGUGGUACCAGCGUGGCAGCAACGACGCCAUCGUCGACAGAUGAGGAGCAGGCUGAUGGGACCAGCACCCAAGGAGAAGAGGAGCCAAACAACAACGACUCGGCGGAGGAGGAUGUGACAACGCCCAGUGACAUUGGCGCGGAAGACUCGAUCGAGGACCAUCUGACGCUGCCCUCCCACUACUUAUUCGAGGAUCCGGAGCCGGAGCUCGACCCGGAAGACCUGAAGCCUCCCAUCGUCUUCCCACCUACCCUGCCACCUAACAAGCGGACAAACCUGAAGAAGCCGGGCUCGGAGCGCACGGGCACGGGCGAUCGUGUCAAGUUCAACCCUCUGGCCCUGCUGCUGGACGCGUCCCUCGAGGGGGAGUUUGACCUGGUGCAGCGCGUCAUCUACGAGGCGGAGGACCCCAGCCGGCCCAACGACGAGGGCAUCACGGCGCUGCACAACGCGGUGUGCGCUGGGCACAUGAACAUCGUUCGCUUCCUCGUGCAGUUCGGCGUCAACGUCAACGCCGGCGACAGUGACGGAUGGACCCCGCUGCACUGCGCCGCGUCGUGCAACAGCACGCAGCUGUGCCGCUUCCUGGUGGAGACGGGCGCCGCCGUGUUCGCCGCCACGCAGAGCGACAUGGAGACGGCGGCCGAGAAGUGCGACGAGAUGGAGGAGGGCUACGAGCAGUGCUACCAGUUCCUCUAUGGCGUGCAAGAGAAGAUGGGCGUGAUGAACAAGGGGGUGGUGUACGCGCUCUGGGACUUGGAGGCGGAGAGCGAGGACGAGCUGACGGUGCGGGAGGGCGAUGCCCUGACCGCGCUGCGACGAGGGGACGAAGAGGAGACGGAGUGGUGGUGGGUGCGCCUGGACGAUCGGGAGGGAUACGUGCCACGCAACCUGCUCGGGCUCUACCCGCGGAUCAAACCACGGCAGCGGAGUCUGGCCUGAAGAACGCAGGGACUACUGUAGCCUCAUCCUGAAACGUGGCUACUCGUCCUUAAUGAAGCGUCCUGGAGGAAGCUCUCUGCCUACUUGGGAGCGGGAACCAAAUGAAGCGAAAUUAUGCCCCAUAUGAAAGCCGGAGACCGGUCUGGCCUUUGUGAUAUUUUCAUGACAACAGAAAUGAUCUAUCAUUCAGUAGCCUUUGUGAUGUUGGCAGUAAUACCGUGUUUUAUUUAUGUGAAUUGCAUUUGUGUUAAUGUACGUGCUCCAAUGCUUGAUGUGUGCACGCGUGGCACUUGGCUGGUGGCCAAACUGUGCCAUGAAUGCCGGACGACUCUUCGUUCCAGUUUUGACCGGGUCACAAUCAUUUCCUGCGUGUGGAUGCACUAAGCCAAGUGGACAUUUUGGCAAACGAAUGUGUGGUUUUUACAAUACCCGUUGUACGACGUGUGACUGUCGCAGGAGUGAUGAUUCCCCUUGACAAUCUUUAAUUUAAACGUUAACCACAAAAAACGCAGACAAAUCUGUGUUAGGCCCCACCUCUUAAAUAAGUUAGCCCAUUGAGCAUUGGUUUUACAAAGAGCUUAUUAGUUUUCAUCACACGAUAUGAACUGCCUAUCAAGCCAACAAUUUUGGAAUAACGAUUUAUAAAUAUGCUUAAAUUUAGUACAAUUUCAAGUUAAGUUUAUAAUACCCCUUUGCCGGUUUUUGUGUACUCAUUAAAUAUGCUCACGAACGUUUUUGCCUGUACUAAUUUUUUUAAUAACUGCUGUUUUCACUUUAAUUUAGCAAAACAUAUAUAUGUACUUUAAGGUGGUGCAGGAGAGGUUACAAGCUACUUUAGCAUACGGUCAUCAAAUAUAACCAUGUCCUUUUUAAAAAAAAAAAAGUACUUGCCACUCUAAAACGGAGACCGUUAUGUUUCUUCUACACUUUACCUGCCGGGACUGGAAAGUGUGCAUUUGGUUUUUAGCACACGUGUAAUUAUAAACGGAAUGAUUACUGUUGUUUUAAGAGUGCAGUGAAAAAUGUACAUGCACAUUAAAUGUCUGUAAACAGCUGUCGUUUAAUACUGCGCAUGAACUGUAAUACAGUAUUAAGUGUACUCUUUCCAUUGUUACUUUACGAAUGUAUGGUAUUUGUUAUUGGUCUGUCAUGUUUUAACAUGUGGUGAGGGGGGGGGGUUGCUCUACAGCUAUAGUGGUAAUGCGUUUGUAAAAUUGUUGUCAUUUGGAAGGGAUAAACCAAAUGAAAAAACAUCUCGCUUUGGUUUCAACUGCCCCCUAUCGUUUGUACGUUAUUGCCGUCGCAAAGUAGUCGCUUCAAAAGUUACAAUAAACAAUUUCUACGCCAUGUGCGGAGA